UUGAGUGGAUCAGAAAUUAGAAGCCGAAGAACUUUGCACAUCACUGCAGAUGGUGUUAACAGUUGUUAGGCGUACAGAAACUUCGUGGAAAGACGUUGGGCUGUAUACUAUAUGUCGGCAGUAACUCGUAGUUUUCUAACAGGCUUAUCAUGAAGUUCCUAGUCAAACGAUAAUAAACCAAUACUGCCAAACUGAUAAGAUGUAGCAGGGGGAGUGAACAGCCUAUAAAUCGUUAAGCGACUUUUGGUCGACAUUAAUCAGCAUAGGCUGUGAAAGUGUGUGUGCGCUUGCUCGCUUGCUUAUAGGGAACCAAUGUGUGGGUCAUUUUGUGUUUGUGUGUGUGUUGCUGUCAUGUAAAUGUGCCCACGGUGGCAAAACAUUCUAAAAGUGGUUAGAGAGUGGUUAGAUAGCAAAUUAGUUAGUAUAAAAUGACCAAUCAUCUCUAUUAUUUUAAAGAUAAUGUUAGUUUGGCCUGUCUUUAACCCUACGAUCAGCACUAUAGGUUUACAUUCCCUAUCGUGCGCACUUGCAUGAGAAGUUGCGCCGCUAAUUUACGGAGUGUGGUGUCUGAGAUGAACUGUAGAUCUAGAUGAGGGGUUUUCAGAUAGGAGGGUGCUGUAGAGGGAACUACCCUGUAGGUGACUGUGGUGUCAAAGAGGUUGUGUCACUUGGGUUGCUAUGUCUACCCCUAACCCAAGGAAAGAGCAAAUGCAGCUGAAACUAAGGGCUGAUGUUUCAUUUAUAUUUGCUGGUCAGUAACAAGAUAGGACAUUAAGUGGGAAAUAAUUCUAGGAUUACGUUUAAUGCUUGCAUUACAUUGAGUUACUUCUCCGAAGAGAUUUAGAUUUGAUAUACCAGAAAAAGUUUAGAUUAGUGAAGCAUGUCAUUCGUCGCCUGUAUUGUUUCAUCACCAAUAGGCUACGUGAAGAAUCAAAUCGCGCGUGGCUUGAGGCAGAACAGGUAACGGUGAUAGGCUGCUCUCCUCCAACUCUCAUUCGCAUCUCCAGGCUGGAAGUCAGGCUGUCGGUGAAUCUCUUCCGUUUGGAUGUGCAGGCGUGUACCGUUAGGUUUAAACUAGCAUUUCAGUGGGACGACGGGGUUCUGAAUAAGUUAAAUGGUGGAGAGAAUCCUGAAGAACGGUGCCAGAAUUCAACAUCAAUCUACAUAAUGGACGCCUUGGUUCGCAUAAGUUCUAACCUGAAGAACAUGGAGCAGGAGCUGCAGUGCCCGGUGUGUAAGGGCAUGGUCAAGCAGCCAGUGGUGCUGCCCUGUCUGCACAGUGUGUGCCUGCUGUGUGCCUCCGAGGUGCUGGUGCAGAGCGGGUACCCCCCGCCCGACCUGCCCCCCGAGCCCAACUCGCCCGCCUCCACGCCCAACACUCGCUCUCCACGCCAGGCACGCCGACCCCUGCCCAAAGCGGACCGCGUGGACCGCCAGCUGAGGACAGGCUUUGGCACCUACCCUGGGCGCCGGCGUAAAGAUGGUCCUCCUCAGGUUAUGCUGUUUCCCUGCGUGCCCUGCGGCAGGGACGUGGAGCUGGGGGAGAGAGGGCUGGCCGACUGCAUGAGAAACCUCACACUGGAGCGCAUCGUGGAGAGGUAUAGGCACACUGUGAGUCUGGGCAGCGCUGCUGUCACGUGUCAGUUCUGUAAGCCUCCUCAGCCCCUGGAGGCCACCAAGGGAUGUGCCGACUGCAGGGCCAACUUCUGUAACGAGUGCUUCAAGCUCUACCACCCCUGGGGGACCCCCCGCGCCCAGCACGAGCACGUGCUGCCCACCCUCAACUUUAGACCCAAGGUGUUGUCAUGUAUCGAGCAUGACCAGGAGCGGCUGCAGUUCUACUGUAAAUCCUGCCAGCGGCUGCUCUGCUCUCUCUGUAAGCUGCGCCGCGCCCACACCGGGCACAAGAUCAUCCCCAUCACUCAGGCCUACCAGACACUCAAGGACAAGAUCACCAAGGAGCUGAACUACGUGCUGUCCAAUCAGGACACGGUGCUGUCACAGAUCACCCAGCUGGAGAACGUCAUCACCCAGACAGAGGUGAACAGUGUGUCUGCGCGGGAGCAGCUGGUGCAGUGCAUGAGAGAGCUGACCGCUCUCAUCUCCGAGCGGCAGUCAGGGCUCACCCAGGUGCUGGAGGCCUCGCGGCAGAGGCGGGGCGAGGCGCUGGCCAAUCAGGUGGCAGAGAGGCGGAGCCUGCAGGAGCACGCGGGGCUGCUGGCGUUCGCUCAGGAGCUGCUGAAAGAGACGGACCCGUCCUGUUUCGUCCACUCCGCCCGCCACACACACAACAGGCUGGCCAAGUCUAUCGAGUCCCUGCAGUGCUUCUCUCUGGCUGCAGAUCCGUCCUUCCGUCACUUCCAGCUGGACGUGGCGCGCGAGCUCAAGCUGCUUUCCGAGCUGGACUUCAUCCAGGCCCCUCUGGCACCUGUGAUUGACACCCAACGCACCCUAGCCUACGAUCAGCUUUUCCUGUGCUGGCGGUUGCCACAGGACUCCUGCCCUGCCUGGCACUUCUCUGUGGAGUACCGUCGCCGAGGGGUGGUACCAGGGGGAGGGGUCAGAGGUGGCAUCCGUGGCGGAUUGGCGGCUGCCCGCUGGGGCUGGCAGCGAUUGGAGGAGGUGAGCGGCAACAGCGCGGUGAUUGACAGGCUGGAGAUGGACAGCGUGUACGUGCUGAGGGUGAGGGGCUGCAACAAGGCCGGGUACGGGGAGUAUAGCGAGGAGGUGUACCUACACACACCACCAGCUCCAGUGUUAAACUUCUACUUGGACUCUCGCUGGGGUCUCCAUGCCGACCGGCUGGUGGUAAGCAAGGAGCAGCGCGGCGCUCGGAGCAUCCCGGGCCUCUCGUUGCUGCAGGCGGCCGACCGCGCCCUCACUUCCUGUCACCUGACCGCCGACUUACUGGUGGGGGAUGUCGCCAUCACACAGGGGCGCCACUACUGGGCAUGCUCAGUGGAGCCCGGGUCCUACCUGGUGAAGGUCGGAGUAGGCCUUGAGUCGAAACUGCAGGAAUGGUUCCACCUACCCCAGGAGAUGGCUAGUCCGCGCUAUGACCCAGACAGUGGCCACGACAGCGGGGGAGAGGACGCACUGGACUCCCCUCCUCCGUUUACCUUCCUCACCAUGGGCAUGGGCAAAAUCUACCUGCCGCCCAACACCAGCGCUCACCACGGUUGCCCUAGCAACGGCCGUGACUCCGGCAUCUCCGUUAGCAACGGCCCCACCUCACCCACCGGUGCCACCUACCCUCUCCCCCCUCGGCUCGGGGUGUGUCUGGACUUUGAGAAGGGGCGUGUCACCUUCUACGAUGCUCAUUCCCUCCGCCCUUUGUGGGAGGGGGCAGUGGACUGCUCCGCCCCUGUCUGCCCCGCCUUCUGCUUCAUUGGGGGAGGAGCCCUGCAGCUCCAAGAGCUGGUAGCCAAUCGCAAUGCGGAUCAGACCCCCGUCAGGAGGGUCACCAUCCAAUCCCGUGUCAUCAAGAUGAAUAAGUGAAUUUGUUUUGCAAACUUUGCUGUACUUAUUUACCUAAUUCUUCAUUAUGAUAAAAGAGACCUCCUAGCCUCAGUGCUUUUGUUUUUAUAGUUCCUGUAUAGGAUUUUGUUUUUAUUCUAACAAAUAUGCAUAUGUAACUAACUUUCUUACUCUGUCGUUAUUGUUAAGUUGUCUUGGACGCUAGUACUAAUUCGCUUUGAAGCCGUCUCGCUGAAAAAAUGACACCUAUAUAUUUAGAGUGUCAUUGACUCUAGUGUGUAAUAGAACAGCAGUAUGUGUCUGUAGAUAUAUGCAAGAACAUUUAUUUCCCUACGAUUAAUCACUUUCCCUUUCUUUAUUGUUCAGGUUGUGGCCAGGCCAUGACUUGCGCUUGCUCUCUGUCCGGUUCUAUCAGUGUCAAUUUUUUCCUGUUUGGUAAUACUGCCUUUCGGAAAACAGAACACACCAACUCCUCACUGCUACUCAACACAUCACCAUGCAACCCCACCUCUCCACCCCCCUCCCCCCUCCUCUCACACACGCACACGCACACACACACACACACACACACACACACACUCUCCCCACCUCCCAACCCCCGUUGUCAUGGCAACCAAAGAGGUUAGGCGAAGGGCCUGCCCAGAGAUCUGGCACGCAGAUGUCAGUGGAAGUGGGUAUCCAAGUCAGCGGGGAGCUCACAAACACAGUGGGUAUUUAGUGACGGCGUCUUUGAUAGAGUUUGGCAGGACAGGGGGAGGCUGUGGAGCGCAGUAGGCCAUGGUGUGGGCUCUCUGCAUAGCCCCCCACACACACACACACACUCACACACACCCACCCCUGAGAAACACAAUGCCAGUGCAGAGCUUUACAGAGCCUUUCAGGGCCCUGUGAGCUGUUUAAACCGGAGUUUCAGGUGUUAAUUGUGUGCAUUGAGUAAUGCUCGUAUAGUCCUUCUGAAGGCUUAUGUAGUCCUUAUGAAUGUUCAGGUAUUAAUCAUUGAAAAGGGGGGGCUUGUCUGUAGUUGUCAUCUACAUUAUGUUUGAGAUUGUCCUUGGACAACUCUUUUGUGAAUUAGUGCAGAAGUAGUCCUUCUAAGGGGUUCUUGGCUUUACAAGGCUUUGGCAAUGUUGAUGGAGGAGGAAGAGUUUGACUUAUAUGUAUGUAUUUUAGAUUACGCCUUAGUAAUCCUUCAAGGAUAACUUUCUUUGUGAAAAGUGCGUAUGCAGUCUUUAUAAAGACCGGUGAAGCAUUUAAAGAGAAUGAGGUGUAGAGGUUAUUUAUUGACGUAUGCGCGAGACCAUUAAGACACGAUCCGCUUUUCUCAUCCCCUCGGAGUCUCUCCGUGGGUUCUGGUAUCAGGUUGGUAGGAGAUCAGAUAACAGGAUUGAGUGAGGGGCAUCUGUCCUUCAUUAUGCUGGCCAGGGGGACUCGACACGCUAAUGUAUUUAACCAGCAUUAUCAGAGCUCACCGGCCAGCAGAUCGUGUUUUUGAGAGCAGCGAAAUCAGAUGCGUGCUUCAGCUACGAAGACAUUAGCCUGUACUAAUCCACUCCACCUGUCCUCGAGAGUGUCUGUUUGAUCCUUCUCCCGUUUUCGCCUUUUCUGCCCGAGAAGACGAAUACAAAUACUGCUUCGGAACAUGCAAAUGUGCUCUGGUAUGGCUGGAUGCAGAAAAGGGAUGGCGAUGCCAUAAAAUGAAUCUUACACUUUGGAUGAUCAUUCAUGGUUAGAAAGUAAUGGUUUGUGAAAAUGUUAUUAGCAAUAUUGAGAAAUAUGGCUCAGCAGACAUUGCGUUGUUGCCAUUGAAAUGUCUCCUAUUACUUUGGAAUGAAAUUCCUCUUAAAUUCCUGUCAUUGCUUUGUCUGUGAGGCCACUCAAAGGAUUUUAGUGAAAACAUUUACCUGCCAAUUCAGUUUAGUGGCGAAAUCACCACUACACUCCAACUUAAUGUCUCUCCCAUAUUUCUCACCUCCGUAGGUUACGGUGUUAAAGAGACACGAACUCAUCUUUGAAUUGAACCCAUAUUCCUGUUUCACGAUCCAGGCCCAACGUGCCGGAUGGACGGUGUUUUUUUAAAUGGUGCGUUUAACAGGUUUGUAUUAUUCUUAGCAUAUCCUCCUCGGCUGCAGCUGCUACAUCACAGAGCACAUCUGCAGAACGAAAAGGUUAUGUGUGUCUAUAGGGGUGUUGUGUAGGCGUAGUUUUAUAGUCACACACACACACACACUCAAAGUUACAUAUGCCAAAAAUGUAAUUAUCGUGUUCACGUACACAAUGAUUUUACUGUAGAAUAGGCUACGCACUUGUGUGUGUGUGUGUAAGUGGCUAUGGAAAUAUUAUGUAUGAAAUACGUAUGUGGAGGAAAUGAGGAAAAAACCAUCGGGACUAUGAAUGCACUGAUUGUGGGCUUCAUUUCUAAAGACCCAAAACAUGUCUUUGAUUAAGUGUUGGACAAUGAAAUGGAAAACGGAAUGCAAUACUUAUAUACUAAUGUUAUGUGUGUGUAGGCUACGUGGCGUAUGUACGUGUGUGUAUGUCUGAGGGAGUGCAAGAGAGAGAGAGAGCGAGAGAGAGACUUGCUAGCCCUUUGCGUUCUCCAAAUCAUCUUGCUUCUCAUUGGCUGAUGCUGCUAUUGCUUCUACUGUGAUGUUUUGAUUAAAGCGAGGGGCUCAGUUGGGAAGAUUGCUCCUGACUGGACUUUGAUUUGGCAAGCUGUGCUUCCACUGAAUGGCUGUAGACUGUAGCAAUCUAAGUUCCAUGUGCACCGCUCCUGCAGGCAGAACGUUUGUGAAAUAAAGUCGGAAUUGAAUCGAGUUGACUAAUAUAAAGAUUAAAAAACAGUCCUGAAAAUGGAGAAAAAGCA